UUGAUACUUACAUACUGUGUUUAGUCUACUCGAAAGCAUUCAGCAUUCAAUACUACGUUAUAGACUUAGUUUGUCAUCAUGUCGACAUCUGUUCCCAGUCCUACAACGGCGGCUAACGAAGCGAGCAUUGUUCACUCUCUCAUGUGCCACAGACAAGGAGGAGAGAGUGAAACGUUCGCCAAACGAGCGAUAGAGUCUUUAGUCAAGAAGCUGAAAGACAAGAAAGAUGAACUAGAUUCUCUCAUUACAGCCAUCACGACAAAUGGAAGUCAGCCUUCUAAGUGUGUAACAAUGCAGAGAACACUGGAUGGAAGGUUGCAGGUAGCGGGAAGGAAGGGUUUUCCUCACGUUAUAUAUGCUAGAUUAUGGAGGUGGCCUGAUCUGCACAAAAACGAGUUGAAGGCAGCUAAGUUUUGUCAGUAUGGGUUUGAGUUGAAAUGUGACAACGUUUGUGUGAAUCCAUAUCAUUACGAGAGAGUUCUUUGUCAUGUUCCAGAAGUUCUCCCUCGACCUCUAACAAGUCCCAUGAUGUCAUCUGAUCCAACAUCUCUAGCAUUUUCAUCAAACAGUCCGAUAUAUCCUAGUAUUAUGUCUCCAGAGGCACAACUACCUUCUGGACUUCAGCUGCCACAGGUAGCAGAUAGUUUUACGCACCUCACAGUCAAUGAUCAGCACUCACAACCCAGCAUGCCUGCUAGUCAUUCUUUGUAUGGAGAUCAGUUUGGUGCUUGGAGUGCUUCAAUUCAACUAGAUCCUUCUCCUCUUCCUCAUUCUUCAUCUCACAUGCUUCAGCAGCAAGUCCACAUUCCACAGUUAAUGGCUCCAUCUCAGCCGCCACCUCAAAGUCAUCAAUCUCAACAGCGAUGGCAAGAUCAUCGAAUAGAGUCAAGAUCUACUCCUCAGUUGCCAUUUCCUGAGUACUGGUGUUCUAUAGCUUAUUUUGAGUUGGACAGUCAGGUGGGGGAGACAUUCAAAGUGCCUACUGUUUACAGUGUUGUGACUGUGGAUGGCUACACUGAUCCUAGUGGACAAGGGAGGUUUUGUUUGGGUCAACUGAGCAAUGUUCAUCGUGGGGAAGUUGUUGAGAGAGUUCGUCUUCACAUUGGAAAAGGAGUUCAGCUAGAAACAAGAUUAAAUGGAGAUGUUUGGAUACAAUGUUUGAGUGAACACAGUAUUUAUGUACAGAGUUAUCACUUGGAUAGAGAAGCUGGAAGAGCACCCGGAGAAGCUGUUCAUAAGAUAUAUCCAAAUGCUUACGUCAAAGUUUUUGAUCUUGUUCAGUGCCAUACACAUAUGCAGCAUCAGAUUGCCAAUGAACAGGCCAGUGCUGUAGCUCAAGCGGUGGCUGUAGCAGGCUCUACAGCAGGCCUCGUACCUACAGCACCUUCUUUAGCUGGUGUGGGUGUGGACGAUCUAAGAAAGUUUUGCAUUAUACGACUAAGUUUUGUGAAAGGAUGGGGACCAGACUAUCCUCGUCAGACUAUAAAGCAAACACCGUGUUGGAUAGAAAUACAUUUGCACAGAGCACUCCAGAUACUGGAUCAUGUUCUUCAUGCUCUACCUGAUGACUUCAGACCAGCAGCUGAACAUUAGAUGUAGUAUAGGGAUACAGUGAUACAAGGCAUAUGACUGUAUGUUUGUAUGACUUUUAUAGCAACUUCACAACUGAAACUGCCUUAAAACAAGUUUGGGAUUAACUUGCUGUAUGCAAGCAGCUUAAUGUCUUUAACACUUAAUAUUGUGAUCACACAUUCUUGUAAGUAUUGUGGGUUUGUAUGAAUGUAUGGUUCUUAUUGUGCAACUGUUGUACUGUAUUCUAGCAUAGCCCCAUGAGAAAGCAUGUUUGCUCUUACUAGAACAAGAAAAGUGGUUUUAAGUUUUAUGUGAGAGAAGGCUGUCUUGAUGGUGUGUGAUGUCUGACUCUGUUGAACUA